CAAUAAAAAAACAAGUUUUUUGUUGUUCCUUGAUGUGUAUUUCUAUGUAUUACAAUUUGUAUUUAUAAAAGAAUAAAAUUAUUAAUUGAAAAGUGUACAAUUUACAAAAUAUUUAAAUUGUUAAUAUUCAAGGUUAAAACAUCAAAAUGAACCUAUCAACAAAACCUCCUCGACUAAAUAAAGUCAAGAAUAGAAAUAACCAAAUACCGUUCCCGUAUAAUGGAGGCAUUCAUUUUUUAUCAACUUCGCAUUCAGGAGUACAAAUCAAUCGAAAAUAUGUAAACACCAUUGGAAAUAUAAAUGAAGUUUCGGUACUGCAAUAUCAUAGAACUUCCAAUUUACAAAUAAGAAAUAAUAAUGAAGAAGUAAACCAUAUUCAAAACACAAGACACCAACCGCAGCAAUAUGUUUUCAAAAAUACUCAAUAUCAAAACCAUCUGAAUUCAAAUUUGCAACAAAAAGGACAUCCUCUGCAAAGAAAAAUACACAGAGAUCAACAAAAUCCUCCAAAUUCAAUGCAGAUACAGAAAAAUGUUGAGCGUGGUUUUAAAGAUACUUUAGCUUCUAGCACGAACAGUAUGAAUAAAUUGAUAAAUCAGCAUACAAAAUGCAAUAGCGUUAAGUCUCCAAAUGAAAGAGAUUUGGAAAGUAAAUCAAAUUCAUGUAAUCAAAUAUUGCAAGCAAAGUCUCGAAAAAUUCCAUCAGAUAAAUACAAUAAUGAAGAAGAAAGAAAAGAUGACGAUACAAUUAGUUUUGAGAACCCAUUAACUAAACAUAGUAAAAGUAAUAAAGUUCCUGAAAAUUAUAUUGUCGGAGAUAAUAGCGAAAUUGUGGAGAAACAGAAUGUGGAACAAGAAGAUUCCUGUAAUAACGCACACUCUGAUGAAUCUAAUUUUGAAGAUAUCAACGAAAACCCUAUAAAAAAUGCCCGUGAAAAAACCCCAAUGUGUCUCAUCAAUGAUUUAGCAAGAUAUAACAAAAUAUCAUUUCAGUAUCGUCUUACCAGUGAAAAUGGGCCAGCACAUUGCAAACGUUUUACUGUGACUCUCAAAUUAGGAGAUGAGGAAUAUACUGCGGAAGGAUUUAAAAUCAAAAAAGCACAACAUUUAGCUGCAAAGGAGGCAAUAGAAAAAACAAAAUACAAACAUCCUACACCUAAAACAAGUCGUCGAAAUGAUGACAACAAUCUGUUAAAAUCUAAUAUUACACCUACAGUUGAAUUAAACGCUCUAGCUAUGAAACUUGGCCAACAAACGUAUUAUAUUUUUGAUCCCCGACAAAUGGCUUUAACCGAAAAUAAUUUCGCACAGAAUGAUAGCCCUAAAACAAUUUAUAGAUCUACAACUCAACCGAUUGAAGCAAGUAGAACAACGCAACAAUCAGACAUGGUUGAGAAGUUUAGUGGUGCAUAUGUUACAAACUUAGUAAACGACGCUAAACAUGUCCAAACCAUGAAUCAAAAGCGACAGUUUUUGUCUAAAUGUCCAGUUCGAUUUUCACCAUUUCAACAGUCUAUUUUAAAUGGGCCAACUCCUAAGGCGAAUUCUUUAGUCUCUACCUACUUUCCCUCAGCAUAUCCUUGUAAAAUUACUCUUAUAGUUGGCACAAAAAAAUUUGUGGGGGUUGGGAGGACACUACAACAAGCUAAGCACAAUGCGGCUUCUAGUGCAUUGCAAGUGAUAAAGGAAGAAAUAAAUAAUGAGCAGAUUGAAAAUGAAAGUUUUGACGACAUUGAUAACAAAUCGCCCAUAUCUCUUGUUUUCGAAAUCGGCAUAAAACGAAAUUUACCUGUUGAUUUUAAAGUGUUGCGAGAGGAGGGUCCAGCACAUAUGCGCACUUUUAUUACAGCUUGUAUAGUUGGAGACAUAAUUACGGAAGGCGAAGGAACUGGAAAAAAGGUUUCAAAAAAGAAGGCAGCUCAAAAAAUGCUUGAAGAGUUAAACAAAUUACCACCCUUAACGCCAGUUGCAUCUCCAUUAAAACGAGUAAAAUUAAAAGUUCCACCAAAAAAAAGUGGCCAACCUAAAACUAUAAAUUUAGUUGAGUGUAAAGAAGAAUCCGAACCCCUAUGGCAAAAAAAUACAAAACUAACCAUCAAUGCAGAUUCUCCAAAUCCCAUUAGCAAAUUAUUAGAAUGGCAUCAUAAUAAAAAAGAAAAAGAGCCUAUCUUUAAAUUAAUUAGCGAAUCUGGAAAAGAAAACUCACGAAGACGACAAUUUGUGAUGGAAGUUACCUCGAAUGAGAUUGUUGCACGUGGAGUAGGCAAUAGUAAAAAACUGGCCAAACGUGAUGCAGCACACAAUUUUUUGAUUGCCGUUACUGGAAGUGAUAAACUUUCUUCGGGAGUUUCUGAAAGUGGUAGUAUAUCAAAGGGUGGAAACAAUAAUUUCGUGCCAGUAUCAGAUACAUUUUCAGAAAUUAAAAGCCGGAAAGAAGUUGUUAACAAUGUGGAACCCAAUACGGAAACAUAUUCUAUGCAUGAACAUGUGGAAAAUGUUGAUUCCAGUUCAACUUCUCCAAAUUAUAAAAACAUCAAAAGUUCAUUUGAUGCCGAAGUUUCAAAGGAUAGCGGCAAUUCUUCAAGUCUCACAAAUACAUCGCCGAAAAGUCAAAAUCUACAUAUGAAAGAUCAAUUGCUGUAUUUAGCAAAGCUCUUAGGGUUUGAAGUCGACUUUUCGGAUUAUCCAAAGGGCAAUCACAAUGAAUUCCUUACAAUAGUAAUGCUUUCAACUAAUCCACCACAAAUUUGCCAUGGAGUUGGAAUUAAUGCAAACGAAUCUCAAGAAGAUGCUGCAAAGAAUGCUUUAAAAAUACUAAGUGAGAUGGGUUUAAAUAAUGCAGUUAAAACAUAACAUGUUAUGGCAAAUAUGUAAUGAAGUUAAUAAAAAUAUUGAUGCACAACAA